CCGGCUUCUCCUGAGUUAUGCUCCUCUUCAAAGCUCAAAUACAGAUCCAACUAUGAGCCCACAGAGGGAGACGGCUAAAAAAUGACAGAACAACAAAUGGCUUCUUCUGAAAGGAGCCUAUGUAUCCAGGCUGAUGAUGACCUGAAGUCUAUGUUUGUUGGCACAGUGAUGAGAAAAAUCAAGUCUCGCACAUGGAAAAAGCAUCGUUAUUUUCGUCUACAAGAAGACUGCAUGACUAUCUGGUACAAGAGCAAGAAAGCAGUAAAUGUUUGGCAACUCAUCGAUAACCUGGAGAACAUGGGGCAGAGAGAGAAACUAGACCAAUGGAUCUGUGAUUGGUUUAAAAAGGCAGACAAAAACAGAGAUGGACGGAUGAACUUUAAGGAGGUCCGAGAUCUGUUGAAGAUGAUGAAUGUGGACAUGAACGAGCAUCACGCUCUUCGUCUCUUCACGAUGGCAGACAAGUCUCAAUCAGGAACUCUUGAAGAUGAUGAGUUCGUGCUGUUCUAUAAGAUGUUGACUCAGCGUGAGGACGUCCUGCGAGUGUUUCAGGAAUAUUCGGGCGAUGGGCAGAAGUUAACACUCCAAGAUCUGAAAGAUUUCUUACGGGAGGAGCAGCUACACGAGGACGGAGUUCAGCAGUAUGCACUAAAACUCAUUGAACGCUAUGAACCUUCAGACACGGCAAGAAUGCUACAAGCGAUGACGUUUGAUGGUUUUCUGAUGUACCUGACCUCACCAGAAGGCUCUAUCUUCAACCCUUCUAUGGUGGAACUCUACCAGGACAUGACUCAGCCUCUUUGUCAUUACUUCAUAUCGUCUUCUCAUAACACAUACCUUUUGGAAGACCAAAUCAGAGGACACAGCAGUGUGGAAGGCUAUAUACGAGCACUGAAACGUGGCUGUCGAUGUGUAGAAGUGGACUGCUGGGAUGGACCAAAUGGAGAUCCAAUUGUCUACCAUGGACACACGUUCACCUCCAAGAUAUUCUUCAAGGAUGUUGUCACUGUGCUGGGCAACUAUGCAUUUAAAGCAUCGCAGUACCCUGUCAUCCUGUCCAUUGAGAACCACUGCAGUGUAGAGCAGCAGAAAGUCAUGGCCCAACACCUCACCCAGAUCCUGGGAGACAAGCUGCUGAAAAGCCCUUUAGAUGGAAAGAUUCUCAUCGGCCUCCCAUCUCCUGAGGAUCUGAAAGGGAAGAUUCUGUUGAAAGGAAAGAAGAUAGGUGGAUUAGAGGAUGGCAUGAAUGGGGUGGUGGAUGACGCUUUGAUGGGAGUAGUGAGCGACGAAGAGGAGACUGCUGAAAUUGACGAUGACCAUCAUCGCAAUGACAGCAUACGGCAUAGAGUCAAGGCGUGGUGGUGUAAGGUCCAUGAAUUGGCCCAACGGAGGUAUCCAAUGGUGGAUGAAGUGUUCCCUUCCCUUCCCUUCCCAGUUGCUCUGAACUUUCAGACCGCAGGGGUUGAGAUGGAUCAGAACGAUGGCUUAUUCAGUCAGAAUGGACAUUGUGGCUACAUACUGAAACCAGCAUUCAUGCGCAACAUUGAUGAGAGGUUUGACCCAGAAAACCCCCAAAAUGACGGUUACAAGCCGCUUAGCCUGUCUAUUCAGGUAAUCAGCGGCCAACAGCUUCCCAAGGUAAACAUCAAGGAGGGCUCAAUCAUUGAUCCCCUCGUUCGGGUGGAAAUUCACGGCGUACCACUGGACCAGGCCAAGCAGGAAACCAGAUAUAUUGACAACAACGGUUUUAACCCAGCAUGGUACGAUACGCUUCAGUUCACAAUUCACGUCCCUGAAUUAGCGCUGGUACGGUUUGUCGUGGAGGACUAUGAUAAAACAUCAAAGAAUGACUUUGUGGGACAGUUCACUCUCCCUUUCACCUGUAUUCAGCCAGGAUAUCGUCACAUUCAUCUCCUGUCUAAGGACGGCACUGGCAUACCUCCUUCCUCGCUAUUUGUUAAUGUCCGGAUAACUAAACUAACGUAAACUGACUUAAUUUAAAGUUGUCUUGCACUGACACGUGCACAAAAGAAACAAAAAAAUGCAACAAUUUCAAGUC